AUGGGUCAUACCCGGAGCGUGGCGUGUGUUUUCACCAACAGUGUUCAAAAGGAAGUCGUGGACGAAUUAAAAUGCUCCGGUCAGACCAAACCAAUCACAUCUCAGCACUGCAGCCUGAAACCUUGCGGAGUCCAGUGGUAUGUCACAGAGUGGAGCGCGUGCUCUCGUUCCUGUAACGGUGGCUACCGUGUACGUGAGGUGCGCUGUCUUACUGACAACUUUACCCUCAGCGACAGCUGUGACCCCACGUCAGUCCCAGAGAAGGAAGGCGAAUGCAACCAUCAACCCUGUCUGACAGAAAUAAAUCCAUCAUGCAGCGACCAGUAUCACAACUGUCUGGUGGUGGUUCAAGCCCGACUCUGCGUUUACCCCUACUACAGAGGCGUUUGCUGCGCCUCCUGCUCUCGGGCCCAGCAAACGUACCCCGACUCAUUUCAAAGGAACCACAUCCACAGGUGAUGCUGCCCUCAGGGGGAUCUAGUCAGGUCAUCCUCAGAAGAAAAAUAAAAACAGCAAGUUAAUGAUAAUGAUAAUGUGAACAGCUCAUCAUCUACAGCAAGAAACUCAACAGUUCAAGUUGAAGAUUCCCAUCCCCACAUUCACACGUGUACACACAAUUAUUACCACAUUUAAAUCUUUAUUUCAGUUUGUCACAUUUGAUAAUGUACUUGUAUAUUUAUUCUUAAUAAAGGGUGCAUAACUUCUGGUAUUAACCUCUUAUUUGUCACUUAAU